CUGCGCAGAAACACUCUCUUAACGAAGUUUGUCCCACGUCGCUCUCCAUUGCCGGCCUGGCUUUUCAGCGCGCGCGCGGGGCUGCGGGGCCGGAGAGACCGCGAUGGCGUUCCGGUGUCAGCGUGACAGCUACGCUCGGGAGUUCACCACCUCAGUGGUCGCCUGCUGUCCUGCAGAGCUGCAGACCGACGCCGGCGGCAAGAAGGAGGUCCUCCGCGGUUUCCACGUAGUGCUGGAGGACACGCUGCUUUUCCCCGAGGGCGGGGGCCAGCCUGAUGAUCGUGGCACCAUCAAUGACAUCCCUGUGCUGAGAGUGACCCGCCGGGGUGCCCAGGCUGACCAUUUCACACAGACACCUCUGUCCCCUGGGAGCCAGGUCCAGGUCCAGGUGGACUGGGAGCGGAGGUUUGACCACAUGCAGCAGCAUUCAGGGCAGCAUCUCAUCACAGCAGUUGCUGACCAUCUCUUUGGGCUGAAGACAACAUCAUGGGAAUUAGGGCGACUCCGGAGUAUAAUUGAGCUGGACAGCCCUUCUGUUACUGCAGAGCAAGUGGCUGCCAUCGAACAGAGCGUCAAUGAGAAAAUCAGAAAUCGGCUGCCUGUGACUGUGCGAGAGCUGAGCCUAGAUGAUCCUGAGGUGGAGCAGGUGAGGGGUCGGGGCCUGCCAGAUGACCAUGCGGGGCCCAUUCGAGUUAUUACGAUUGAGGGCGUUGAUUCCAACAUGUGCUGUGGGACCCAUGUGAGCAAUCUCAGUGACCUUCAGGUCAUUAAGAUUCUGGGCACUGAGAAGGGGAAAAAGAACAAAACCAACCUGAUGUUUCUGGCUGGAAACAGAGUACUGAAGUGGAUGGAGAGAAGUCACGGAACUGAAAAGGCUCUGACCACUCUGCUUAAGUGUGGGGCAGAGGAGCAUGUGGAAGCAGUGAAAAAGCUUCAGAACUCCAUCAAGCUCCUGCAGAAGAACAACCUGAAUCUCCUCAGAGACCUGGCUGUGCACACUGCACACAGCCUCAGGAGCAGCCCAGACUGGGGAGGUGUGGUUGCAUUCCACAGGAAGGAGGGUGAUUCUGAGUUCAUGAAUAUCAUUGCUAAUGAAAUUGGGUCAGAGGAGACCCUCCUGCUCUUAACUGUGGGAGAUGAGAAAGGUGCUGGGCUCUUCCUGCUGUCAGGGCCAGCAGAGGCCGUGGAGACCCUGGGGCCCAGGGUGGCUGAAAUCUUGGAAGGCAAAGGAGCAGGGAAGAAAGGCCGUUUCCAAGGCAAAGCCACCAAGAUGAGCCGGCGGGCAGAGGUACAGGCGCUUCUGCAGGACUAUGUCAGCACGCAGAGUGCGGAGGAGUGAGGAGUCUGCCUCAGUGACCACAGCAGUCUCUUGGACAAUAAAAUAAUGUCACCCCCAGGUCAGCUGGGGCUACAGGGAGACCCUGUCUCAUAAAAGAAAAAAAAAAAAAAAAAAGUCACCCAAAAUGAUCGUGCUACCACCACUUCUAUUUACACGCACAACGUGUACAGUGUAUUCCAGUGUGCUUGUGCAGUAGCGUCUGUUGAGAAUAAACAAUUUUCUAAUUUGACUGCUAA